AUAUUAAUGUCCGUUUCGUAUUAAUAAAUCAAGUUAACCUUUGAAGUGAGACACUCAAAAAUAAAAUCAGUUACUUCAAAUAACAUUUUAAUUCAUACUAAAUAAUGAAAAUUGUGUCAAGAUUUUACUUUUAUUUAAUAUUUAAAAAAUUCAUAAAAACGUUUCGUAAUUAUUUAAAAAAUGUAUACAUUCAAGCCGCACGUUUUUACUGAACAUUUUUCGAACAAUAUUACAAGACCUGAAAAAAGAACGAACUCACAUAUACAUUGUAAUGGUAAAAAUGUAUAUAUUUACGGUGGUGAGAAUAUAUAUAUUGACGGUGGUGAGAAUGAAAAUAAUCACAGAUUUUGUGAUAUGUGGUUGUACAGUUUAACUGGAAAACAAUGGAGAGAAAUGACAAAUGAGGAAGGUUUACCAGCUGAUCUUGACGAUUUAGUUAUUGGUGCUAUUUUUGAAGCAAAUUAUUUAGUUCUUUGCACAAUACGAGAACCUUGGAAUGACGAACUGUCAAGUAAAAAAUGUCGAUUAUAUAUUUAUGACUUGAAUACCGGAAUUCUACGUGUCCGAGAGACUAAUGGACAAAUUCCAAAGUCUUUUCUUGGAGAUAAUUUGAUUCGUCACGGAAAAUAUUUGUAUACUGUCGGAAUCACAAGAGGUCAUGAAAUGUUUUUCGAUGUAUAUAAACUAAAUAUAGAAGAUCUUAAAUGGGAAGUUGUUUAUAGCUGUCGAGGACUUGAUGCCAAUGAACCAGCUGCUAGAUCAGGUCAUACUAUAGUUUAUGGUCACAACAUGAUUUAUAUGUUUGGUGGAAUUGAAGGGGAAGCAUUCGAUGAAAUCUCAGCCUUUGAUUUAGAAAAGCGCUGCUGGAAAAAAGUAUACACUUAUGGUGAUGAAAAUCACAUACCGCACUAUCCGACUCCAAGAGAAUUCUUUGGUGUAACGAGUUAUACUGACCCAGACUCUGGUGAAAUCAAUGUAAUAAUAUCUGGAGGACAACAAUAUGAUGAUGAUCGUAAUUGUUAUUGCUUUAAUAGUAUCUGGAAAUUGAAUCUCACAAGUUCAAAAUGGACGUGUCUUGAGAGAUUUGGUGCUGUCUUGCCUCAUUGUGUUGUCAAUAAUUCGAUGGCUGUUUCUCCUGCUGGACAAUUAUUCACAUUUGGUGGAUUUACUUCCCCUCAUGAUAUGGAACAAGGAACUGCUCUUUCUACUUUACAUUCAACUUGGCUCAGGAUUCCCAAACUCACAGACAUUUGCCGGGAAGCUGUUUUCCAUUACUAUCCAAACUUGACAUCAAUGACUAAAGACGAAAUAAAUUCCCUCGGUCUUCCAUUGCAAUUAGUCCAUUCGCGUAUUAAUUAGUAAAAUAUUUAUAAUGAAAUUGUAAGAGUAAUAAAUUUUUUACAUGCUCCAGUCAAUCAAUCGGCAAUGAAGUGAAUUUUUUAAAAGUAAACUACAGCUUUUUAUACUCAAAAAUUUUUUAUAUCAUUUCUAUAAAUAUUCAAGAUAAAUAAUCCCAUAGUUAAGUUAUAUUUAAAGUUAACUGUUAAUUUUUACAAUAAAAAAUGUCAA